AUGAUCUCAUACCAAUUGUUCACAUCUGGGCUCGCCUUGAUAGCGUUCCUCGUUUGUGGCGGUGUGGAGACCUGGUAUGCUACGGGAUUUGAUCACAUGUCCUUCUUCAUCAUGAGUGACGUUAAUGUAAACCUUCAGGCUGUGGGUAAUGGAGUAGUGUCUGGCUGUGCUGGGUUACCUGGUUGCCAGAUUCAGUUCGUUGUUAAGGGAUGGGCGGUUGCUGCGGCAUUCUACUUCCUGGGUGGGCUGCUCUACUUGAUCGAUAUGGGCUUGGUAUUUGCUAAGAAAGACAAGUGGGGAGUCGGACAUGAACCAACAUCUGAUUACAUGCCUUUAGAAAGGAUGGUAGAAAAUAAUUGUAGAAAAAUUAGGUAUGCAGAGAGCGCACGACUUUAUGAAAUGAUAGGGUUCAAUCGUUUGAUGAGCAAAAAUCGAACGUCAGAGGCUCUUAUGGUGGACAUGCACGCAAAACUUGCAUUUUUGCUUGAGAAGCCCUGA